AAUUUUACAGCAGGGCACGUUUCCGUCCGCGGUUACUCCUAGUGGCACUACCCGGUUCGGCCGGAGCCCGGCUGGGGGGCGCCCGAGAGCCCGGCGCGGUUCGCCCGGCGGCGGGAGGAGGAGGAGGAGCAGGAAGAGGAAGUGGUUUGUGGUCCUGAGGCUCGAUACGGAGAUGAGGCUGCUGCGACUAUUGCACUUGAGUGGGCGCCAGGCGAUCCUCGGGUCCGCAGAGGCUGCGCUCUGGGGUUUGAAGUCAAUAAAAGGAAGCUGCAACAAUUUUUGUACUGCUAUUUGUAAAGAUGUCACUUAUAUGGAACUUAAAAACCUCUUGAAGUCCAAAAAAAUUAUGUUAAUUGAUGUUAGAGAACCAUGGGAAAUUCUUGAGUAUGGAAAAAUCCCCGGGUCUGUCAAUAUACCAUUGGAUAACGUAGAUGAAGCUCUACAGAUGAACCCAAAAGACUUCAAAGAGAAGUACAAUGAAGUAAAGCCAUCCAAAUCUGACAGUCUAGUGUUUUCUUGUUUAGCCGGAGUAAGAAGCAAGAAGGCUAUGGACACAGCAAUAUCUCUGGGCUUUAACAGUGCUCAACACUAUGCUGGAGGAUGGAAGGAAUGGGCAACCUAUGAAUUUUCGGAGAAGAAACAAGGAAAUUGAAUUUUGGAAUACAAGCUGGCCCUUUCCUUGUGUACGUGCAGCCUAGGAGAGUGGAAUAAGCAAAAGAAUCAAAAUGUAGCCCUGGAAUCACUGGUUAAUGGGAAGGGGAUUUUGUGUAAGUCAAUUAUUUGUUGAAUCUUUUUCUCACCUAUAAAUUGGGAAUACCACUUCCCCCUGCCUACUUCCAAAGGCUAAUGAGGCUUGCAGUAAUGUAUGUGACUUGCCAUGGAAACAUAAGGGUUGGGAUUCUAAAA